GCCGACAUUUUCUGACAAGCGUAGAAAAAGUUUUCAUCAACAGCCGCCAUUUUGCGCUGGAGAGACUGAGAAGAAUUUCGGAAUUUGUCGUGUAAAUUUUCUGUUUUUUCUUACAUCAUUUUAUCAUAAACUUUACCAUUCCGUGUAUUUUAAAGUGUUAAGUGAAAUCGUGUUGUUCGAUAGCGUAAAUAAGUUCCUUAAAGUAGCUAAAAUCUGGUGAUAUUGUUUUCAUUUAUUGUGCUAGUUCCGACGGAAGAUGGUGAGAGGGUCUGUGUAGCUCUUCGAUUCGGAGCUUUGUAAUGGCGAAUACUUGAGUGAGAAAUUAUAAUAUGUGCCUUCAAUGGUUCGAAGGACAUCGGACGAUCGCGAUGUGGGUGAAUUACAUUAUGAUGAACGACAAAUCGUUCUAAAAUGUUAUUUCUUGAAGAUAUAAGACAUAAAAGUGUUUUUUAAAUCGGCGGGCCGAAAUAUUCACGACGGCUUACGUUUAGUAAACAGAGCCAUGGCCGAUGAGCCGCCUAACAAGCGGCCUAAAAUGAUCGGGGGCCCUUUUCAGGGUCCCUCGGACUCCGCGGCAGAUGGGUUUUCUAACCUUGACAUGUUCGACCUUGAAAAGGACCUCCCAGAUGAGUUGAUGGGAGGUGCUUGGGGUGAACAGCCCGGAGUCACGGGCCCCAAGCCCCCAGCGCAGGGACCGGGGCCUGGGGGACAAAUGUCCCAACAGCAACAGCUCAAUGGAGAUGAUCCAACAGCUGCUAUGCACAGGCAAAUCAACAAUCACCUUAUACAACAAGUCUUUUCACAGGGCAACAAAGGCUUAGUAGGCCACAACAAUCCAUUAGGAUUGAGUAAUUUAGGUAGUAAGAGUCCAAACUUACAGUCACCUCCCAAUGUGUCUGUAUCCAAGGACCUCAUGGGUGGCAUGCACCCGCAACUAAUGCCAAAUACGAGUCAUCCAAAUCAACUGCACUCCACCAUGCCGAUGAGUUCAAUCCAAGGAGGAAUGAACGUGGCCAACGUCGGCGGGAACAUGAUAGUGACCAAUAGCAAUAUGUCGGGCGCGGGCAUGCUCGGGAGCGGGAUCAUGAAUAGCGUGAACAAACAGCUGCCCACUUUGAUUGGCGCCAACCAUCACGGGACGCCGCCCCACCAUCCGCAUGCACAGGUACAGGCGAUGCAAAACGGUCCGUUAAGUGGGCGUGUCGGAGUCGGCAUGCAGCCCAACAUGCGCACCGCGUUGCAACACCACCCGCGCAUGCCUGCGCCGGGCGGCGGCGGCCACCCGCUCGCGCCCUACCAGCCGCCCUACGCGCAGUCGGCGCAGGGGCCCGGGCCGCACGUGCAGCGCGCGCCCAACGCGGCGCAGGGCGUGGGCGUGCGCUUCGGGCCCCCGGCCGACGCGGGCGGCGGCGGCGCGGCGCAGGCCGUGCCCCCCGCGCCCUCGCCGCAGACGCCGGGCGCGCCGGCCCGCGGCCAGUCGCAGCCGCAGGCCGCCACGCAGGCGCCCUCCUCGCAACCCCCGACCGCCUCGCAGCAGCCUACCACCGGCUCCAUCGCCGACCCGGAGAAAAGGAAGCUUAUCCAACAGCAAUUAGUACUAUUGUUGCACGCACACAAGUGCCAGCGACGAGAGUCACAAUCGAAUGGAGAGACGUGGCAGUGCACGUUACCGCACUGCAAGACUAUGAAAGGUGUUCUCAACCAUAUGAUGUCGUGUCAGGCCGGCAAAAAUUGUGCGGUACCUCACUGCUCAUCAUCAAGACAAAUCAUAAAUCAUUGGAAACAUUGUAAUAAGAAUGACUGUCCGGUUUGUUUGCCGCUGAAGCAAGCCGAUAGGACUAGAAAUAUGAAUGCAGCGGCAGUGACCCAUACAGCAGCGGGAGUGAGUACCGGCAACGUCGGAGUCGGCGGCGUGGGCCCCGUGCCCGGGGUGGGCGGCGUCGGCGGCGUGGGCGGGGUGGGCGGCGCGGGGAACGCCAUGGGCGGCGUGAGCCAGCUGGGGGCCAGCGUGGCGCCCCCGGCGGCGCCGGCCCCCGCGCCGGCCGCCAGCACGCAGGGCGCCGACAUGAAGCGCGCGUACGAGGCGCUGGGCAUCGCGUGCCCCACGUCGGUGUCGGGCAUGGUGGGCGGCGCGUUCCCGCGGGCGCCGCUGUCGCGCAUGCCGGCGCCGCCGCGCCCCGGCCUGCCCGACGUGGCCGUGCAGCAGCCCAUGCAGUCGCUGUUCGCGCAGCAGCCCAACGACCUGCAGCAGCAGCAACAGCAGCAGUUGAUGGGAGGCGCACUUCAGCUACCCGGCGGAGCCGUAACCGCCAACCCAGUAUCCGGCACCAAAGAGUGGCACCAUUCUAUUACGGCUGAUCUCAGAAACCACCUCGUACACAAACUGGUGCAAGCGAUAUUUCCCACACCUGACCCGACUGCAAUGUUAGAUAAGCGAAUGCAUAAUCUAGUCGCAUACGCGAGAAAAGUCGAAGGCGAUAUGUACGAGAUGGCCAGCACGCGAUCAGAGUACUAUCAUCUACUUGCCGAAAAGAUAUACAAAAUACAGAAAGAACUCGAGGAAAAGAGACAAAAACGGAAGGAGCAGCAAUUGCAAGCUCAACAGCAACAGGCGGCGCAACAGCAGCAGCAACAGCAACAACAGCAGCAGCAGCAGCAACAACAACAGCAGCAAGUUGCGCAAUUGCAACAGCAGCAACAACAGCAGUUGCAGCAACCUGUGAGCGUCAUGUCAGGUGGUGGCGUGCUCGGAGUGGGGCCGCGGCCGGGCGGCGGCGGUCCACUCGCCAGGCCGACGCUACCCGCCAUGGGAGCUCAACCCGCCUUGCCUGCCAUGAGGAUUCCCUCACCAGGAAUCGCGCUAUCCAUGCCCGCCAACCGCAUGACCUUCCAGUCCAACCUCGUGGGACCGCCCGGGCCGAGCCCCAACCAGAUGCCGCAGACGCCGAACGGUGGCAGCGUAGGCGUCGGCAGCGUGGGCAACCCGGGCAUGUCGCCGUUCGGGCAGCCGAUGACGUCGCCGGCGCCGAACUACCCCAUGCAGACGAACGGGCCCGCGCCGCUGGCGUCGCCGGGGCACCCCGAGCAGAAGGUGCGCAUCCUGGGCGGCGCCGUGCAGAGCCCCUUCGUGAACCACGCGGCCUUCGGGCGCGCGUCCGCGUCGCCGCCCGCCGGCGCGGCGCCCGGCACGCCCGCCACGCCGCACGCGCUGCCCUCGCCCGCGCCGCGCCACGCGCCGCUCUCCGCGCACCUCGCCGCCAUCACCGCCUCCGCGCACGCCGACGACAGUCCACCACAAGACGACGGUCGCGUCAAACAAGAAUCAGACGACGUCCGGAUCAAGGAGGAGCCAGAAGAGGACUGUGGAGGCAAAGGCAUGCGCGACGAAACCCCAGACAAGGACGCGGAACGACCAGACUUCAACAUCAAACCCGAAGUCAAGACUGAGAUCAAACAAGAAGUUAAGGAAGAACCCGGGGAGACCAGUGUGGGGAGUGUCGGGGAGACCACGGGAGGGGAGAGGGGGGUGAGGAGAACCUUCGUGUUCAAACCCGAAGAGCUCCGAGUGGCGCUCAUGCCUACGUUAGAGAAAUUAUUCCGUCAGGACCCCGAGUCCCUCCCCUUCAGACAACCUGUAGACGCUCAGGCGCUGGGCAUCCCCGACUACUUCGACAUUGUGACCAAACCCAUAGACUUGUCGACAAUCAAGUGUAAGCUAGACCGAGGUGACUACAGAGAUCCCUGGGAGUAUGUGGACGACGUGUGGCUCAUGUUUGAGAACGCGUGGCUUUACAAUCGCAAGAAUUCUAGAGUUUAUAGAUAUUGUACUAAGCUUUCCGAAGUGUUCGAGCUAGAAAUAGACCCUGUUAUGCAAAGCUUGGGGUACUGUUGUGGUAGAAAGUACACCUUCAACCCUCAAGUGCUGUGCUGCUAUGGCAAGCAGCUCUGUACCAUACCCAGGGACGCUAAAUACUUCAGUUACCAGAAUAGUCUAAAAGCGUAUGGGGUUGUCUCCGAUAGAUACACCUUCUGCCAGAAAUGCUUCAAUGACAUCCAGGGCGACACCGUUACGCUCGGCGACGACCCGCUGCAGCCACAAACUGCAAUCAAGAAGGAUCAAUUCAAAGAAAUGAAGAAUGAUCACCUAGAACAAGAACCAUUUGUUGUGUGUAUGGAUUGUGGGAGGAAGCAGCACCAGAUAUGUGUGUUGCACCACGAUUCAAUAUGGCCCCAGGGCUUCUGCUGUGAUAAUUGUUUGAAGAAGAAAGCGGCUAAACGGAAAGAGAACAAAUUCUCGGCUAAGAAACUUCCUACUUCCAAACUUGGCAUUUAUAUUGAAACAAGAGUCAAUAAUUUCCUUAAGAAAAAAGAGGCUGGCGCUGGUGAAGUGCAUAUCAGGGUGGUAGCAUCGUCUGAUAAGAUGGUGGAAGUGAAACCCGGGAUGAGGUCGAGAUUCGUAGAAUCUGGUGAACUAUGCGCCGAGUUCCCGUAUCGGGCUAAAGCGUUGUUUGCAUUUGAAGAGAUCGAUGGAACCGAUAUUUGUUUCUUUGGCAUGCACGUGCAGGAAUACGGCAGUGAAAGUCCGUCACCGAACACGAGGCGUGUUUACAUAGCAUAUCUAGACUCUGUACAUUUCUUCCAACCCCGGCAGUACAGGACUGCCGUCUACCACGAGAUUUUAUUAGGAUAUUUAGACUACGCCAAGCAGUUGGGCUACACAAUGGCCCACAUCUGGGCCUGUCCGCCCUCAGAAGGUGACGACUAUAUCUUCCACUGCCAUCCACCCGAACAAAAAAUUCCUAAACCUAAAAGGUUACAAGAGUGGUAUAAGAAAAUGUUAGAUAAGGGAAUCAUAGAGAGGAUAAUACUAGAUUAUAAAGACAUAUUGAAGCAAGCAAUGGAGGACAAUAUCUCGUCUGCGGCGGAGCUGCCUUACUUCGAAGGCGACUUCUGGCCCAACGUCCUUGAGGAGUCCAUCAAGGAGUUGGAUCAGGAGGAGGAGGAGAAGAGGAAGCAGGCCGAAGCCGCCGAGGCAGUGAUAUUCCAGUCCUCUGAGGAGAAUGAGCAAGGUCCUGACGGUAAGAAGAAGGGUCAGAAGAAGGCCAAGAAGUCGAACAAGUCGAAGGCUGCGCAGCGCAAGAACAGCAAGAAGCAGAGCGACCAGCAGCAGGGCAGUGAUCUCAGUGCAAAGAUAUUCGCCACCAUGGAGAAGCACAAGGAAGUGUUCUUCGUUAUUAGGCUACAUUCCGCACAAUCUGCUGCCAGCUUAGCGCCCAUCCAAGACCCGGACCCGCUAAUCAACUGCGACCUGAUGGACGGGCGCGACGCGUUCCUGACGAUGGCCCGCGACCGCCACUACGAGUUCUCGUCCACCCGCCGCGCCCGCUUCUCCACGCUGUGCAUGCUGUACGAGCUGCACAACCAGGGCACCGACAAGUUCGUCUACACCUGCAACAGCUGCAAGUCGCACGUGGAGACGCGCUACCACUGCACCGUCUGCGACGACUUCGACCUCUGCGUGCCCUGCCACGAGAAGGAGGGCCAUCCCCACAAGAUGGAGAAGCUCGGCCUCGACAUCGACGUGGGCUCCUCGCCCGGCGACAUGAAGCAGGCCAACCCGCAGGAGGCCCGCAAGCUGUCCAUCCAGCGCUGCAUCCAGUCGCUGGUGCACGCCUGCCAGUGCCGCGACGCCAACUGCCGCCUGCCGUCCUGCCAGAAGAUGAAGCGAGUCGUCACGCACACCAAGAUCUGCCGCCGCAAGACCAAGGGCGACUGCCCCAUCUGCAAGCAGCUCAUCGCGUUGUGUUGUUAUCACGCGAAACACUGCCAGGAGACCAAGUGUUCGGUGCCUUUCUGCAGCAGCAUCAAGCAGAAGCUGAAGCAGCAACAAGUGCAACAGCGGGUGCAGCAAGCCAAGCUGUUGCGCAGACGUAUGGCGGCCAUGAACACGCGGGGGGCGGCGCCGCCGUCCCCGCCCCCCGCGGCCGCGCUGGCGUCGCCGCCUCCCUCCAAGCCUGCCACGCAUGCGUUACCUCACAAUGUGCAGAAAGCGCUGCAGCAGGUACAAGAGGAAGCGGCGCGGCAACAAGCGCCGUCGUACGGCAAGCAGGCGGCGAUGGGUCCGCCGGGCGGCGGCGCGGGCGCGGGCGCGCGGGCCGAGUGGGCGGCGCGCUACCGGGCGCCGCCGCCGCUGCACCACCCGCCGCACGCGCAGCACCACGCGCGUCUGCCGCACCACCCGCCGCACCACCCGCAUCCGCACGCGCAACAACAGCUACAACAGCAGCGAGCUGGUGCGCCAGCGACGCAGCAGGCGCAGCCGCAGGUGCACCAGAAGGCGCUGCAGCAACUCAUGGCCACGCUGCGCUCGCCCACCAGCCACAACCAGCAGCAGGAGAUCCUGCAGAUCCUCAAGUCCAACCCGCCGCUCAUGGCCGCCUUCAUCAAGCAGAGACAAAACGCCCAAAACCAGCAACAGGCAGCGGGCGGUGUCGGCGGCGUGGGGCCCGUGGGUGGCGUGGGCACGGUGAGCGGGGUCGGCGGAGUGGGUGGCGUCUGCGGCGUGGGCGGCGUCGGCCUGCAGCAGCAGCAGCCGCAGCUCUCGCACAUGAUGCAGCCGCAGCAACAGCGGCUGCAGCAGAUGCAUCAGAUGCUGCCGCAGCAGACACAAGUUGGCGGUGUGUCUGGUGUCGGCGGCGUCGGAGGAGUGGGGCUGGGGGGCGUGGGCGGCGGCGGCGCGGGCGUGGGCGUGGCCGGCGGCAUGGCGCACGGCGGCGCGGGCUGGUUCAAGGGCGGCGUGGGCGGCAACAUGAUGGGCAUGCGCGGCGCGUACGCGGGCGGCGUGGGGCCGGGCGCGGCGGCGGCGGCGGCGCGGCUGGGGGGGGCGCGGUACGCGUUCGGCGCGGUGGGCGCGGCGCGGUCGCCGCCCGCCACGCCGUCGCCGCGGCCGCCGACGCCGUCGGAGCUGCUGCUGCUGCGGCAGUCGCCGGCCCCCGCGGCGCCGCUGCAGCCGCCGGACGACCAGCUGCCGCCGAUGACGCCGCAGGACCAGCUGACGAAGUUCGUGGAACAGUUGUAGUGUACAUAGCGUGGGCCCGCGGUCUCUGUAACAUAUAGCGUAUCGGCCGCGGCGCAGCGUCUAUCCCCUCCCCUCGCUCGUCCCCUCCCCCGCCCUAUUUAUUGAUCGAGUUGUCGUUAGCGACGCGAGGGACGUAAAUUAAGUAUUACGAUGACCGAAACGAGCGCUCAAUGUACAAAAUGUAAAUAUGAGAGGAGUACGUCCUGUCCGCUUCUGCGUAAUGUAAGUUGUUUGUAGUGUAGGUACAUUAUGAUACUUAUUCUGUUUAUUGUAAUUAAAUCAUUUUAUAAUAUAAUUAUGUGAUCAUUAUAAA